CUUAGACCUUGCCCACACAGAGCUGAAAAAGCACGCAAAGUGUGUCAGUAUCGUUAAGCUACAGAGUUUGCUCGAUCUUGCACUUACAGGGGAAGACGUCGUGUUCCGCGAAGAUGUGCGAGCUAGCAUCGCGAGCAGCGGAUUGUAUGAUUGGUUACUCAAAGUCAUUAGCGAGAUCGGCGGUGAGAAAGGCGAUGGCGUGCCAGAUGAAGCAACAAAGAAGGAUCGCGACCGGGAGAAGGAUGACAAGAGGCAUAUGUUAGCGAUCGAUGCCCUUACACUCGACUACAACGUGAAAUUCCCGCUUUCGCUCGUCAUCUCUCGCAAAACGAUUUUGCGUUGCCAGCUCCUCUUCCAUUUUCUCUGACGUCUCAAGUACGUAGAACAGUCGCUCGCAUUGAUGUGGAUAGAACAGAAGACAAGUCCCUGGCGGCGUCCUGUGCCAAACUAUCCCGAGUUCGGGCAGUGGCGACUGCGAGUUGCGCUCCUUAUACUCGCAUUCGUUCCGCAAAUCCUGGCUUUCAUGACAUUCGACGUUCUUGAACAUAACUGGCGGACACUAGAGACGAAAUUGGCUAAGGUGACCACCGUAGACCAACUUCUAAGGGAUCACGUAGACUUUCUGGAUACAUGCCUGAAAGAAUGCAUGUUGACGAGUACCACACUGCUGAGGGCGUACUCCCGCAUGAUAGUGACAUGCUUUACGCUUGCACUGCGCACCUCCUCCUUCUCCCAGUCCGCCAAUCACGCGCUCGCAGCAGUAGAGAGCGGCGACGGCGACCAGGCGAUGAACAAACGUUGGGAAUUCCUGAAGAUGUUUGAGUCUAACUUUAGCCACUGGUUUAAAGUUAUUUAUUUUCAUUCACGCGGUCACCGCAUUCCCGGCUGACAUUUUUUCGUAGCAAGUUUCACCUGGACUGCGUGCAGUACUACGCGUCGAGUGAGAAUGUGUCGUUGUUUCCUAUUGCGGUGCGGUUGAGUAGCAUCAAGGCAAUGUCACAGCAUGAGCUGCAUCGAUGAGGAGCAGGGGUCCUGGUGAGCGACAGAGAAC